UCCACUAACUGAGCUCUCACACACACACACGUGGGCAGGAGAGAGAAGGCAGGGCAAAUCUGUGGCAGUCAGAGUGUCACCGCGCGCCCAAAAGUUUUAAGACAAAGAGGGGUGGUGGUGGGAGCGCGAGCAAUAAAAGCAGCAGCAGCAGCAGCGAAGCACUCGGCAAACGUCAACCACGUCCCAUUCCGCCCACCUCCUCGCAGCUCGAGAUGAUGAAGGCCGACAAGCGCUCCGCCGUCGUGUGCAUUGCUCUGGUAGCGCUGGCGUGCUACACGGCAGAUACCUCUGCACAAGACACCACGACAUUACCUGGGCCCAUCUCAGACAACACAACAGUGACCACUUCAGAACCCGUGGCCACCAGCGCCGCCACCACCAUCACCGUCGAGACGAUGACAAUUCAGCAAUCUGAUUCCAAGUCCACAACCAUGGAGUCUGGGGUCACCCAAGCCUCAACAACCGAAUCUACAGUCAGCGAAACUGCAGAGGCCAGUACAGAAUCCACGACCAUCGCGGACCCGCCACCAUACAGCGAAACGUCGGAGGCCCCGCAGAACACAGUGGCGCCCGCUGUCACGACUGUGCUGCAACCUGGCAAGGAGAACAGAGACGGGGCCAACUUGACACCGGAGGGGGGCUCAGCGUCGCCAGACACGGCCAUGGAGAGCGAGAGCAGCUCCUCCAAGGUGGGCGGCAUCGUGGCGGGGGUCAUGGCGGCCGUUGUUGCCGCCGCUGCCGGUUACUUCGCCUACUACAAGAAAAAGUUCUGCUUCGAGCCGUCCGACAGCGAGGUUGGACAGUCCCACGGGGCCAAGGGCGCAGCCCAAAACGACCACCAAGGAGCCACGGCUUUGCUGGAGACGGCCAAGGAGGGGGGACAGUGAGGAUGGUACCAGCAACCACGUCCUGCACCACAGCACCACGUCCUGCACCACAGCACCACGUCCUGCACCACAGCACCACGUCCUGCACCACAGCACCACGUCCUGCACCACAGCACCACGUCCUGCACCACAGCACCAGCACCGCAGCGCCACGUCCUGCCAGGGUCACAGAGGGGCCGGGGGAGUGGUGGGAGGGCAGCCACCGUGGGUAUCGUGGCUUUCUGGACACAGCCACCAUUUUUAUAUCUAGCUCAGAAACAUCCACAAUAUUUUUAGAUUUGGCUAAAACACCGACACAUUUUUGGACAAAAAUAAUGGUUAAUUUUGUGUAUUUCUCCCUUCAACAAGGUUAAUGCCGAUAUGCAGAUGAGGGGACCUUUAAAUUAUGCAGCAGUGCAGGACCAAGUCAUGAGCCAAUACAGUAGUUGCAUGGAUUUAACAUAAUUAAAGUAGAGCAAGACUCCCCCUUAUCCGUGCCAAAGUUGUGGGAUAAACUUCAGGAGCCUUAUCUGUAAACUGACCAAUAACCAUGCGCGAAUAGGGCAUUCCAAACUUCAAAGUGCGGCUGGGCCCUUGCAGAGGGGGUCACGGGCAGAUACGGAGGGGUUAGAUAGCUGUGGGCACAGUGGAUCAUUUUCAUCAACUACGAAACAAAGACCCACAUACUACAUUGUUUGUUUCCUUGGCAGUAUAUUUAUCACAUCGUUUUCAUAAAUAAAAUGUUACCUUCCCAUCCCAUCCGCCACUUCCACCAUUUCUCCCCAGCCGUCCGCUGCUGCCCAUCACCACAUACCACCCCUGCCACUUUUUCCCCUCUCGACACGCGAGUCCUUGAGCGGAGAGAUCCUGCAAGUAUAACCUUGGACGCCGGAUGCCCGGCGCAAAAAAAAACAACGCACGUCACGACGAAAUUUAGACACAACACAAACACGCAGAGCAAGUGCUCGCAGAUACUCUCGUGCAAAAAUCGCCGUCGCUUUGCCUGUCUGGUCAUUGUCUUUUUUGUGGGAAUAAUGGGAUGCAUUUAUGGAGUUGGAGGUCCACAGAGUGUUUGAUUGCAUGUCAAUGUGGUGUGUCUUUCGUAUAAACGGGUCCCUGCUCAACCGGCAAUAUUAUGAUCACGUGGACUGAAUGCUACGUCUGUGGCGCUCACUACAAGCUUCAAUAAAAGUUAGGAAACGUCAAGGCUUAUUUGUGCAUAUUCCUCAAUAUGCGAUGAUGCAGGUUGGUUAUAGUCACUGUAAGCAUUUCCAGCGGCGUCCAAAUAUCUGACGCUGAAGAGCGGAUUUUUUUAACGUGCAUCAAAUCGUAACUUUGUUCACGACAUUCCGUGGCAUAAUUAGGUUUUCUAAUUUAGGGGAUGAGAGCGAUGGAAAAUUUCCAAGGCGUUCUCAGAUUUUUCACACUGGGCGUAGCGAAUGGUUGUUAUUUACGCGUGAACUUAUUUUUUGCCGUUUGAUAAAUACUGCAAAGACUAAAAAAAAUUGUGUUUUGGAUGGAAAAAAUGUAUGUUGCGUGUGCAUUCUUUGAUAUUUUCACGAAAGGAAAAAAGUGACUGUCCCAGUGACGGCUCCGAACUUUUUUUUGCGAAUAAUCGUUUCCUGAAGCAGAGACAUUCGUAUGUAUGUUGAAUUUCUUUCGCACCAUACGUAACCAACGGUCGUUUAUGCGGAGAUAAGCGUUUUGUUUCAAUUGAGUCGCAUUAACCACUGUAAUCGCGAUGCGCUGUUUCAACUUUGUAAUCUUUAACCUUGUUAUUUUUUAAGGAUCAAAAUGCGGAUGUUUUGGCUCUGAAAGUGAAAAUCAUAUACUUAAAAUAAUUACUUUCUUCCCCUUCUGCUCUCUUUUGGUUUAUAAACACACUGUAAGUGCUUGCAGUAAUAAAAUAAGUGAUUCUAACACUGUAAA